AUGGACCUUAACUUUUGCCUCUACUGCGAGAAACAUUUGCCUCAAGAGAAUAUGAGCUUCUGUUCCUCUGCAUGUCAAUCCAACGAAGCAUUAAAGCCUAUUCAACAGCAGUCGAGUGACAGUAUUACAACUUUUUUACCAUCUCUUUUAUAUUUCAACCCUACUCAUUAUCGACCUAAGCCUGCAACAAAUGCCAACCUUUAUGAAAUUGCUACUGAUUCUACACACCAUCUGUAUUCCUCUUAUGUACUGCCGAGUUAUACUUGCUGUUCAUCAACAAUGAGGCAUAAUUGCCGUCCCCAGACUUCUUUUCCUUUUGACUCGAACUUUUCCAUCAUGACCUCAAUAUCCUCCUGCUCGUAUUCAUCUUCCUCAUCAUCGUCUUCAACUUCUUCUUCCUCAAAUGCUGCCUCCCAUGGCCCACUUGUACAUAUACCACAUAAUCAUCAAGGCGACAAGCAUGAACAUUUAUCUCCUUGUCAAGCAAACUAA